AUGGGCGCUUACAAGUGGUAUGUUAUUUCUUUUUUGGUUUACAUUGUUUCAGUUUUUCAUGAGUAGGGGUUACAGUAGGCUUUAAAAACUAGAAUUGGUUGGAGAACAGAAUGACCACUCCCCCCCCCCUCCGUCCUAGGCGUGAGAAGCAGCCCAUGUAGGUCCGGCUCUACAACUGGACCGAGUCGGCCUUGAGCUAAAGUUGAAACGGGCAGGUUUAAAAGUUGAGUCCGAAGGAUGGGCUUGACAACUAGGCUAAUUUUUUUUUUGAAAGUUUUGUUCUUAACUAACUCUAACAAAUUUUAGGUAUCUGACAUGGGCGAUAAGUGACAUGAAUAUUCUCUUUACUGUGUUAGCAUCGUGGGAUCCAGAGUUGCCGUGGCCACACUAUGAAAUGAUUGCUCAUGGUAUACCUGAAUAUUUUAAUGUAAGUUUAUAAACUAUAUACAUACCUACAAAGAAUUUUAUUAUAAUAGGUCGUUCAAAUAAUUCUGAGCUCCUUAACCCUGUAAAUUUGGUUUGAGCGUACAUAGAAAUCAAUAUUACCCUGCUCAUCUGCCAUUAUUACGCUGCUCCUUACUCAAUAUUAUCUUGUUUUUUACUGCUUUUAGGCCAUAACAAUAUCAAUCUAUGGCUUUUGACAUUCUUUUUUAUAUUGAUAUCUAAAUUUAUAUUUAUUAUUCCAGAUUCCCUGGCUAGCCCCCCUCCUCCGAAUCAUACCAUACACCUUGUACGAGAUGCAUGUGUACAUAACUAUUUGUCGUUUCGUGUACAGAUACGCUCAAACUACAGGAAAACAGAAGCUAAUGAAUAUAAUGUCACAUGGUUACUUCUUUACCUUCCUUUUUGUACUUAUGAUUGCCUUAUUUGUCAAAGGAUUGUAUUUUAAUCGGUUUGCGUGGUCGGAUUGGGUCCAAUAUAAACUACAAUUUCCGAAUAAUGACACCAAGCUGAAGGAGCAUAUCAUGAACAACAUUGAUAUACCGGCUAGGGUAGGUUGGAAAAUAAAGUGAAAUUAGCAUUUUUAAAAUAAAAAACCGUUUUUAAACCUAAUACAGUAUUAUAUGUACUCUGAAAUCACUGUACAGUCGAACUCCUGUACAGGAUGCGCCAAAAGUUCUGUUACAGGGUUUUUUAAUUAAAUAUUUAUUUUAACAACAAAUAUAACUAAAACAACAACUAACAAUAGUAACAUAUAGUACUAGUUAUAACAUAGCCAAUUGGUUGUGAAGUGUCCCCUCUUUGCGGCUUGGCACAAGCGCAAACGCUUCAAAAAGUUCGGCCGGUAAAGUUUGAUAACAGAACUUUUGGCGCACCCAGCAUAAAAAAUCGCGCGGGAAUUUUAAAAUUUUAAAGUACUUUCUUUCAGCCAAACAAAUUUGAGAACUUUUUCCAAUACGCAAUCUUCCCGUCAUCUCUUAUCAUCUACUUCUUUUGCACCGUGCAAUGUUAUCGGUACAAGACUCGAGCCAAGAAUACACUCAGUAAAAGAACAUUAGAAUUGUAUCAAGUACUGAUUCAUGGGCUGGUUGUUGAGCAAUUGGCAGAGUUUUUAUGGUUUUUUGCACCACUCAUUUACAUCGUCAGUUAUGAUGAGAAGUACUGGCCAAUUGGAUUUCAUAUUAUGUAUAGGUUUAUGUAUACUUAUCCUACUUUCUUGAUGAUAUUUACUUUGGGAUUCUUUAAGCCAUAUCGUGCUAGUGUUAAGAGAUUGGUCAGGAUUUUGUUUUAUGGAGAAGUGGAGAAGGUUUUGGUUGUCAGUAGUAGUUAUACUAUCAAGAAUAGUAAUGUUGCUACAAAGUAA